AUGUCUCAUACGCUUUCGCAAAAAUAUCUCAGCACGCGGGGUGCCUCCUACGGGCUGUCCUUCGAAGAUGUCGUCCUUAAAGGAUUGGCGUCCGAUGGUGGCCUGUUCAUCCCCGAAGAAAUCCCCUCGCUUCCUGCGGGAUGGGAGACGGAGUGGCGCGAUCUCAGUUUCGAAGAUCUCGCAUAUCGUAUCAUGUCGUUGUACAUCUCGCCGAGUGAAAUCCCCUCGGAAGACCUCAAAGAUAUCAUUAGACGUUCAUACGCUACAUUCCGGCACCCUGAGCGGACGCCUGUGGUUGAAUUGGACGAAAAACGCAACCUCUACUUGCUCGAAUUGUUCCAUGGACCAACAUUUGCCUUCAAGGAUGUAGCGCUACAGUUCCUCGGAAACCUCUUCGAAUAUUUCUUGGUGCGCAAGAAUGAGGGCAAGGAGGGCAAGGACAGACACCACUUGACUGUUAUUGGUGCCACCAGUGGAGAUACUGGAUCGGCAGCCAUCUAUGGUCUCCGGGGCAAGAAGGAUGUCUCCAUCUUCAUCCUCUUCCCCACUGGACGGGUGUCGCCUAUCCAGCAAGCUCAGAUGACGACAGUCUUGGACGCCAACGUCCACAACCUGACAGUCGAGGGCUCUUUCGAUGAUUGCCAGGACAUUGUCAAGGCCUUGUUUGCCGAUCCUGAUCUCAACUCAACCCACAACAUUGCCGCUGUCAACUCCAUCAAUUGGGCUCGUAUCCUGGCCCAGAUCACAUACUACUUCUACUCCUACUUCUCUCUCACCAAGACCCCCGGCUUCUCCAAAGACACGAAGAUGCGCUUCGUUGUUCCUUCAGGAAAUUUCGGUGACAUUCUCGCCGGAUGGUUCGCUAAGCGCAUGGGCAUUCCCGCUGAGAAGCUUGUCAUCGCAACCAACGAGAACGACAUCCUGGAUCGCUUCUUCCGUAGUGGUGGCCAGUACACCAAGAACACCACACAGGCAGAAGGCGUCAAGGAGACUCACAGCCCCGCCAUGGACAUCCUCGUCAGCAGCAACUUUGAGCGUCUCCUCUGGUUCCUUGCGUUCCAGGCGGACGGCGCCGGCUCUGCAGACGAAAGACGCAAGCACGCCUGCGAGAGCGUCAGCAAUUGGCUCAAUCAGCUCAAGACACAGGGUGGCUUCACCGUACCCCAGGCAGUCCUUGAGGGCGCCAAGGCCGAGUUCGAGAGCGAGCGGGUGAGCAACGAUGAGACCAUUGACCAGAUCAAGUCCACCUACACCUCUUCCUUCCCCUCCAAUCUCGGCCCCGGCAGCGCCAAGAGCUCCAAGACUGGCGGCUACAUUCUCGACCCUCACUCGGCUGUCGGUGUGCGGGCAGCUCUGCGCUCUAUCGAGCGUAAUCCUGGUGUCAAGCACAUCUCCCUCUCCACAGCCCACCCGGCCAAGUUCGCCAGCGCCGUCGACCUGGCCCUUCGCGCCGAAGACGGGUAUGACUUCACCGAGGUUCUUCCCCAGGAAUUCAUCGGGCUCGAGCAGCGCGAAAGCAGAGUCACUCCUAUCCGCGCCGGCGCCGGAUGGGUAGGUGUCCGGGAAGUGGUCAAGGCCGAAGUCGAGCAGGAGCUGCAGGGCUUGAGGUAG